CCGCGUUUAUAUGGGGGCGGCGCGGGGCGCCGCGGAGUUCUCGCAGUUCGCCCGCUGCUGUGCAGCCGCCGUCGCCGCCUCGGCCCGGCACCCGCCGUCCCGCCGGGAAGGAGUCGGGACCGUUUCGGAUCUCAAGCAGACGGUCCCCUCCUAUCUAGUCGUGGCUUUUCCAAACCCUCCGAGGACAGCGGGAUCGUUCGGUCCUUCCUGUAUUUCCGACCAUUACAGGAUCUAGAAAUGUCGACGACACUUUUAUCUGCCUUCUACGACAUUGACUUCUUGUGCAAGACGGAGAAGUCCCUGACCAACCUAAGCAGCAUGCUGGAUAAGAAAGCCGUGGGGACCCCGGUGACCCCUCCCAGCUCCAGCUUCGCGCCGGGCUUCCUACGGCGGCACUCGACCAGCAACCUGACGGCGCUGGCCGGCGGCUCCAAGUUCCCCAGCCCCACCGGCUCCAGCUCUUCCUCCACCUCCUCCUCUUCUUCCUCCUCCUCCUCUUCGUUCGGCAGCCUGAAGGAGACGGGCUCCGGCGGAGGCGGCGGCGGCGGCAGCAGCAGCCCCACGGCCCUGCUCAACAAGGAGAACAAGUUCCGGGACCGCUCCUUCAGCGAGAACGGCGAGCGCAGCCAGCACCUCAUGCAGCAGCUCCAGCAGCAGCAGCAGCAGGCGGCCGGCAAAGGGGGCGGCUCCGGCGGCGGCGGGGCCCCCAUCAACUCGACGCGCUACAAGACGGAGCUGUGCCGCCCCUUCGAGGAGAGCGGCGCCUGCAAGUACGGCGAGAAGUGCCAGUUCGCCCACGGCUUCCACGAGCUGCGCAGCCUCACCCGCCACCCCAAGUAUAAGACCGAGCUCUGCCGCACCUUCCACACCAUCGGCUUCUGCCCCUACGGCCCGCGCUGCCACUUCAUCCACAACGCCGACGAGCGCCGCCCGGCGCCCGGCGGGGGCACGGCCGCCCCCCCGCCCGCCGCCGCGGCCGGGCCGCACCAUCACCCGCACCACCCGCCCCCGCACCCCGCCGGCAGCACCGGCGACCUCCGCGCCUUCGCCCCCCGCGACCACCCGCUGGGCGGCGGCGGCUUCGGGCACCCGCGCGGCGGCGGCGAGCGGCCCAAGCUGCACCACAGCCUGAGCUUCUCCGGCUUCUCCGCCCACCACCACCACCACCACCCCCCGCACCCCCACGGCGCCCCCCCGCCGCCGCCGCCGCCCGGCGGCCGCCUGGACGCCGCCCUGCUGGAGAGCCCCGGCGGGUCGCGCACGCCGCCCCCGCCCGCCUCCGCCUCCUACUGCGAGGAGCUGCUCUCGCCGCCAUGCGCCAACAACGCCUUCGCCUUCUCGGGGCAGGAGCUGGGCAGCCUCAUCGCUCCCCUCGCCCUGCACACCCAGAACUUCGCCGCUGCCGCCGCCGCGGCCGCCGCCGCCGCCGCCUACUACCGCUGCCAGCAGCAGCCGCCGCCGCCCGGCGGGGGCUGCCCGCCGCCCCCCGCCUCGCCGCCCUUCAGCUUCCAGCCCCUCCGCCGCCUCUCCGAGUCGCCCGUCUUCGACGCGCCGCCCAGCCCGCCGGACUCGCUCUCCGAUCGGGAGAGCUACCUGAGCGGCUCCCUCAGCUCCGGCUCCCUCAGCGGCUCCGAGUCACCCAGCCUGGACUCGGGCCGCCGCCUGCCCAUCUUCAGCCGCCUCUCCAUCUCCGACGAUUGAGGGGGACGGGGGACUGGCCGGGGGGGCCCCGCGGCGGCCCUGCAAGUAAGUGACCGAAGAAAGCGAAACCUCUCCUUCUUCUCUAUUUUUUGGUGGUUUUUUUUUUAUAUGUAUCUGUCUAUCUACACCGAGAGCUGAACAAAACGAGAAACAAAGCAUUUUGCAAAAGGGCAAAUGACACGAACUGAACAAACCUAUUUUUAUAGAGAGACCUUGGAAGAAGGGGAUUUUUGUUUCGGGGUUUUUUUUGUUGUUCUUUGGAGACAAGUUAUGAUACGCACCAGCAGCAGCCAUUCCAUCUGUGUUCAAAAAAAAAAACCAACAAACUAGCAUUAGAAAAGACACCACCAGAAAGCAACAAACAAUCUGGGGAGCGCCGGUUCUGCCUGCCCAGCUCCUCCAAACCUGCAGACACACAGAAAAAGAAGUUACAAACUAGUUUGUGUUUCAAUCCAGUUCAAAUAAAAACACAGAACAUACUAAACCUAUAAGCUUUUUUUUUUUGUAGGAAAAAAAAGAAUCCAACAUCCUGCCAAGAAUAUGCCUUGAUAACAACCUUUUUUAUAUAUCUAUAUAUUAUUAUUAUAACAAAUGCUAAAACCUUCAUUCCAAAGUUUAAUAUUGGUUCCAUUGCCACCACUUAGUGGAUGUUUGGCUUAGAACAAUUUUUUGUUGUUGCUUUAUUUGGAAGCACUCAACUGAGUUUAGUUUGUAAUUGUUGGAGAAUAACUGCUGAUUUUUUUUUAAAUUUUUUUUAGCUGUUUGAGUUGAUUGCAUGGAUGAGUUCACUGCACACAACUCAAUAUGAAAUUAUUUAACUUAUUUAUUAUCUUGUGAAAAGUAUACAUUGGUAAUUUGUUCAUACUGUAUUUAUCGGGUAUGAUGAAAAGCAAUAGAUAUAUAUUCUUUUAUUAUGUUUAAAUUAUGAUUUUCAUUAUUAAUCGGCGAAAUGUGGAGUGUGUUCUUUUCACAGUAAUAUAUGCCUUUUUGUAACUUCACUUGGUUAUUUUAUUGUAAAUGAGUAAAAUUCUUAAUUUAAGAGAUUGUAUGUAAUAUUUAUUUCAUUAAUUUCUUUCCUUGUUUACGUAAAUCUGAAAGAUUGCAUGGUUUCUUUAUAGAAAUCGGUCUCGAUGCUGUGGAAGUAGUUUGAGGAAUUUCUAUGGGUUUUUUAGAAUGUAAAUGGUUGUAGCCCGUCCGAGUUGAAAAACAAACUAGAGAAGAAAAAAAAAAAAGCAGAAAAAAAGACUGCCUUAGCAAUCAGACUUCAAAGUGGCAAAUCUAAUUCAGACUUGUUUAAAAUAACCAAAAAGUAUUUUUGUUGCCUAACUCCACCAAUCACACUGUGAUAUAGUCUCAAAGUAUGUAGCAAUAAUUGGGGGUCCCAGUAUUAUGUCUCACAGUGCCUUUUUGAGGGUCCACGCUUGCCUUAAAUAUUUCUCAACCAAAUAAGUAUUUUUCUUAAUGCUUGAGAUAAUUUGAAUGUAGGGAUGGGUUUUAACUACAGCAAAAUUUCGCCACUCUAUUUUAUAAGAAUGGAGGCCAUCUUUGGAUCUGAAACUUUAUACAGUACAUGAACAUAUCUUGUUUAAUUGAAUUCCAAAACUUGUAAUUUUUUUUUUUCCUAAUGUAGAAAGUUGGGAGUUUUCCAAAACUUUCCUGGACGGUGGAUGAAUGAGCAGUAGCUUAGUUUUGUUUGUACAUAGGUACAGAUUGAGCACUAUGUACUCUUUUGGACUACUUUAACAGAAGUAUGUUUUGAAUGUAACUAAAGGAUAAGUCAACUUGAGUUGUAAUAUAUUUUUCGGGAGUCAGUUCACUACAAAUUGUGUGAGACUGUAAACUUUGUACUGUAAAUGUUUUGUAGUUCUCCCAAUAAAAUUUUUUGGAAAAAAAAAAAAAGCCAAGUAACCCUUCCAACUGCUAAAGCCCUGGCUGCCAGGCAAGGAGUAUUUCUUGCUAAACACCACCACCCCCACCAAUCACAGAUAUGUCUAGCUACAGAUUAACCAGUUUGCACUGCUGCUCCAGUACACUCCUGCAGCCGUCACUGGUCCGCGGCCAAAGUUAAUAAACGCUUCCAGAAGGUUCGGGAAUGUCAGUGGUGUACUGUAUCCUGCCUUUUUUUUUUUUUCUUUUUUUCUUUUUUUUUUAAUUUUUUAUUUUUAAGAGGAUGAAGAAUCAAAGGUCUACUGCUUGUAGCGUAACAGCUGGAGUGGAAAAAUCUAGUAAUGGCAUUUAUCAAUCACAUUGCUUAAGGGGCAAAAUGAGUGCCAUUAGCCUUCCUGGCUUGUUUGGGGCAAGGAGGAAAUGGCAGUUUGGGUAAUAAAAAGGCAUAAUUAAAGUUUA